UUGUAUAUGAAGUGGUCACAAUUAAAUAAUUAUCACACUAAUUAUCUCAAUCGUUCUUCAAGUCAAAGUCUAGCCGUCUUCGUUUUUCGCCGCUCUAACCCAUUAACAUCACUAAAUUAAUAUAAACUAGUGCUAUUGAAGAUGUGCUUAAAUUUUUUUGGUGAUAAUUUAUGGAUUACUGUAAGUGGUUAACUUGGUAGAUUUUGUCUAUUAACAAUUUAAAGACACCUGUGAAGAUACUGUUAGAAAAAUACCACUGAGCAUGAGAAGCAGAAAUCGACGAUGGCUGCUGGCAUGGACAUUGUCAUCCCUAUUCCCUUACAUUACGCUAUACGAGGUCGCCACCCAGCCGCACGAUUACGCAUCAAAAAAUCAUUCUAAGGAAGCGCGUGGUAUUUUUACUCCUCGCAUGGAUUACGAUCAGUGGACGCCGUUAGGGAGAGGGGAUCCCCUAAAAAACGAUCCCACGUACGAUUACGUUCCACCGGUGUUAGACCGCGUUCAUUACUGGAUAGAACCAUCCUCAAGAAAGCCAGACUCUAUAACAACAGGCGAAAGCCAGAAGACAGAGAUACUCGUUUUAGGGGUGUCGUCUAAAAAACCGAGCACCGGCACGUCGAUAUCUGCGGAUUCGCGAAAAGACACCUACGAUCCUUUUUUGAAAUUUGUGGAAGGACCUAAAUUUGGACUUCAAACCAAUUACCAGAGGAUGUCGAAGCCCACCUACAACUACUACCACCAGCCGAGCUUCAAAACCAAAAACAAGAUUGAAGGUUUGGUAUCAAGCGAAGAUGACCGUAGUAUUCCGUACACGUUUCUAAUGCCACCACCUGUAGAACCAAAGGAGUCGAGUCUGGCAAUAUUUCCUCAAACACUAACGUCGCCCCCAGUAACGGAGGGUCCCAUCACCACAUUUAGUGUUACGAGCCCAUCCGGGUUUACAGUGCAACAAUCCAAUUUACUGUACCACUCCACAACAGUGGGAGACCAAAAUCAGUUUCGAGAUCAAAAUUAUUUUGGAACCGCCGGCGCGUCGAGCAGUCAGGUUACCUGGAGGUCCCCACUUGCGAACUUUAAUCCGCAACAAAACGAUAGCGUAACGUAUAAAGAAAAUAUUAUAAUAGACAACGUGGUGCCCAUUUUGCGCGAUACGUCCCAAGUGAUGCACAAGGGUCAAGUAAGCGACGACGAUCUUGAUAUCGCUAACACAUACGUGAAUAUUGGAAAACCGGAAGCUCAAAUGCAUUCGCCAUCUGACAUGAAGAUUUCAAGUGUGUCGGUUGAGCCGCCCAGGGCUUACAAGCACUCGCCGAUCUUGUUACAGCUAGUAAACCCAGACAUGACCAUUUCCAAACCGACGCCUAUGACCAUGCAAACUAUCCACACCAUGCAAACAAUGCACCCCCCGCCAGUCGUACACACUCCAGUAUUUUCAAACUCACUGCAUAGUUUAUUGCAAAACGAACUCACGACAAAUACGCCUAAAGCGACUCCAUUCAGGGUGCCUUCAAGCAUAACUUCCUCUCCACCGGUUACGACUACUACGUCUCUAACCACCGACCCACUUUUUAAGCAUUACAAGCAACCGAACGAGCCACUCAGAGGUCCCAUGUAUCUAAUCAUACAAGGCCAUUCAAAAGUAAAAACCUACGGCCCCAGCAAGCAAUUGCACGGCAUUUCCGUUCAAGAAUUAAACGAAAUUCCAACGUCGGAUGAUCAGUACGUAGUGAAACACUUACACGGUUAUAAAAAGGAAUCCAACGAAGGUCGACUGCGACAAGGAAGAUCUAGCAUGCUACAAACGCUGUCGCACGUCGUCCAGACUGGUCUGGGUGCCAUAGAUUUCUCAGAAAACGAGGCGAAUCGCAAGAAAAAUGACGUACAGGAAACUGAAUUUGUCGUCAGCUAUGACGUCUCGUCGCAGGGGGACGUUACAAGCGAAAGAUACUACAAGGGAAUCGUGGAGGCUGGAGACAUGGCUAGAAAUAUUAAGAAUGGAAUAGGUAAGAGGUAAUGUUCUGAUUAAAUAUUAGGAUUUUCAUUUUUUUACGCAUAGAUUAAGUUAAAUGUAGGUUACAAAAUCAUUUCUAUAAAGUGCUUUAAUUAAGCAAAAAUAAAUUAUUUAUAAAAAUUGUUUAUUAAUAAAUUUAAGGAAAAAACCGUC